CCUUCUUGCCGUGUUCUCAUCACAGCGCCCCAGCGCCGUGGCCAGUGCCCCGACAACGCCCAUGUGCGUCCCAACAGUGCCCAGCCAUGCACGACCGUGCCAGCGAGCAGCCCGAGGCCCGAUCCAAGCUUUCUUUAUAAUUUUUGCCGAACCCUUAUGUGUGCCUUUGACCUGUUUGACUUUGUUUUACGUGCUAAGUCUAUGCAUGGU